AUGGUAGGGCGAACGAGGUCGAAGGUCCUCGUGACCUUGGCACUCGAAAUUCUCAUAGGUGUCUCGGCUAUACAGAACGAUCGAACAUCCUCUAAAUCCUCUCAGGAGAAUAUCGUUCUGAGUGCCAGCGCGUACAUGGGCCCGGAAAGGACGUCCAGCGCGUAUCACCGCGAUGGAUCACCCACUUUUCACAGAACCAUUCCAGCGUUUCAACUGGAAAGCUCGAAAAGCGUCAGUAACUACGACAAAGAUGAUACAAGGCUCGAGGACAAAGGUAACAGGCACCAGGAGGCUAUCGACGAACUAACCUCUUCGAAACACGUAGACCAUAUCGAUGGAAAUAAUAUCGAACUUUUCCUCGGUACAUCUGACCAUUUUUGGCCAACAACCAGCGAGCCGAUGUCGGGGGAAGGACAAGGGGCUCCGCAGAGACCAAAACUCUUGUCGGAGCCCCAUCAAUUGGCCGGAGUGUCGAGCCAACAGGCACAGUAUUUGCAGGCAGUAGAUCAACAAAGACGCGCACGCCAAGAGAUCCCGAGGAUCUAUAGUGAGCACGCUCCGCCGCCUAUUCUGCAGACCGCCUCUCCUGGACAUCGACAGGCAAAUCCUGAUAUACAGGACAUCAUCACGGGUAUUGUCAAGUUGUUGAAUGGGAACGUGAACGUUGCUGCCAAUACGGUGAGACCACUGAGGCCCAUUCAAGCCACUAGAAUUAACAACAGAGGUCCACCGAGAAUUUCGGACGUUCCACCGUUACCACCUGAUUUCGAUACACCUGGAAUGAAUCCUCCACCUCCACCUGAUCACCCUUAUCCAUUCGAGAAACCUCCAGCUCCCGACAGACCUCUGAUUAAUCAAUUGCCUCCCGAGAGACCAAUCAGGCCUUUCGUUAAUGGAGUUCCGUUGCCUGAGCAAAUUGUUCCGCAAGGAAAUCGUCCUUGGACUUGGAAUCGUCCCGGUGUAAAUAGAAGACCGAUCUCCUCGUACAAACCAGUGCAAUCGACCUUAGAUUCCACUUUCAAUAGGGAGAAGGAACAAGACGACAAGCACUCGGACAAACCUCAACACGAGCUGAAACCUGACCAUGCGUCCACGGAGGAAUCUUCCGUGAAAAAGGAAGAAACCGAUCAAAGUGAAACCACUACGAAUACUCUGGAGAAUGUGACCAAGAGACACGAGGAGAAUAAUCAUCAACGAGACAAGACUACGGAGAAACCGAUUAACGAGAAUCCAGUGAAAAAUUCCGAAUCGCAGAAUUCUGGUAAAAAAGAAAACAAGCAUCAGUCCCCGUCGAAAGAGAAUAAAAUAAGCAACGAAAGUGCAUCGACCACGGUCGAAUCUAGCGGCGCGAACAAAAUAAACACCACCAAACACCAAGAUUCUCCGAAACCUGUGAUACCACUGGAGAUCCUGAUAAAACCGACGAAAUCCUCAAAAAUCGCCGACUCUCAGGGAUCUAAUCCCGACACGAGCAACAACGAGAAGCCUAACAGCAAGCAAAGUAUAACCAAGGCACCGACUAAACCCUUCGCUACGUCCACCUUAAAUGUAGAAACUAGCUCGUCGGUUCAGGUGAUAGAGCCAACGAAGACUAAGACGAUAAUUCAAUCGACUGCAAUUCCCACUCCGUCGAGUACGAUAACACUAGAGCCAAGUAAAUCGUCCAAUUUCGAAAGUACAAUUCUAUCCAACUCCAGUGUUCCAACUCCAACGGAGAGUUUGCCUUCGACUUUCACCAAGAUUGCAUCUACAACGGAGAAGAGUCUAGUUCAUACUUUGGGCUCCAAUACGUUCUCCAAGAAUUCAGCCCCUACGGAUCGCUAUGCUUACCGACCCAGACCUGGGAUCGUCCUUGACGAUACCUUGGAUUACACGGGGACCCAAGGGUUGGCUACUCAACGACCUUACGCACCACCGAGACAUCCACCUCUCGGUGAUAUUUUUGAUGUCACGGUCUCGGCUAUCCAAGGUCCCGGCGGUGGAGGCUCGGGGGAAGGUGUUAGAGUGCCGGUAAACGCUGGAAACGCGGAUGUGAUUUUAACAUCUGCGGUCGAUGGUCAAGGAUUCGUGAGUAUCGACGGGAAGAGAACGUACUUGAAUCUGUUUGAAAAUUCAGAUCGAACAUCCACGCACGUUCAACCACAGCCUCAACCGACUAGAACUCAACAACCACCGGCCAUUGUUGGCACAGGAUUUGCAGUUGCACAGCCAGAUCCACCGGCAGCAACUCCACGACCCAGCGGAUCGAUUCGAAGGCCCACGUUCCAUAGAAGACCAACGCAACCACCUGUCAGAAUUGACACUUGCAUCGUGGGUGACACGAGCACCUGUGACAUCAGUCAGCACGAAGCUUGUGCCACUGUUCAAGGAGUGUCUGCGUGUCACUGCAAACCAGGGUACGCCAGGUUGCAGCACUCCUUGCCGUGCAAAAAAAUUAUCAGUAUCGUGGUGUCGAUCAGAGUGGACAAAAUUUACGAGAGAAAAGUUGUAUGGGAUAGAGGGUUCACCGACAAAGACUCCGAGCCCUAUCAGACAUUGGCUUACGAAGCAAAUCGAGCUAUCGAAUCUGCUAUGUCGAUGACACCGUUUUCGGACGAAUAUAUGGGCUCUUUCAUAAAUGCCGUGUAUCAGGGUGACGUGAGCAAAGGGCAAGGGGGUGUCUUUGUAAACGCAACCCUGAAACUCACUUAUGAACCGAGGACAAUUAGACCAAGCUUAGCAGGGGAGCUGCAGAGACAUCUGCUCGGUGUUAUUCACAGAAGGAGCAAUAAUAUAGGGAACAGCGCCCUUUAUGUCGACAGUCCUCCUGGGUCCAUAUCGAAUUUGCAAGAUUUGGACGAGUGUGCCUCGUCAGAAUUGAACGACUGUCACUCGUCGGCAGUCUGCACGAAUAAUUGGGGUGGAUUCACUUGCACCUGUAAUCUAGGAUUAAAAGAUCCUCACAAAGAUGACUCGAACGAAUCUGGUAGGACUUGUAUCUCGUGUCCCUCGACUUACUGCAAUAAUCGAGGAACGUGCUCUUACCAAGGCGAUCAUAUGCAAUGCUCGUGUACUGGUAAUUACUACGGUGCUCAGUGUGAGGUCGACGGAGAGGUAUUGGGUGUGGCAAUAGGAGCGUCAGUAGCAGCUUUAAUAAUUAUAGUUCUGACACUAGUGUGUCUGGUCAUGUGGAGUCGAAGGUGGUCCCGUGAACAGAAAUCUGUCGGCUCUCCAGUGUACGGUUACAUUCAGGGUGGCAUACCUGGCACACUUCCAGGAACUUUGGCUAGGGUCGGUUCUGUGGGCACCCUCGCUUCCGUGAAACAGGGACCACCGACCAAUUUGCCACCCUAUAUGUGGGCACACUUUGGCGACCACAUGGCCACUGCGAACGUGUACGCUACGGAGCCUAUGGGUCCAACUAGGCCAAGUUCCGCUGUAUUUGGAUAUCCACCGCUGAGUGUCCACGGAACGUUACCACCGGUGCCACUGCCGAGACUUCAACCCCCGGUGAGGCCAACGAGACAAAGACAUCAGCCAGAUCCAGACAGCUCUGAUUCAGAGCCGCAGGACAAGGACAGGGCUGAUCUGAUACCGCAGAGUAGUGGUUUUCACGUUCCCAGACCAAAGUCUAGAUCGUCCUUGGCAAAUCAAAGCGGAAUCUACAAUGACGUGGAGUACGACCAAGGUGACGUGCACCAUUUAUCGAAAAACAAUAUUCCGAUGUCUACUUACAGGCCGUACUAUCGAACGUGA